AGGCUGCUCUUGCCCGAGGGGCCCGACGAGCCCCCCACGCUCCUGGCGAGGCUGGAGGCCUACCUGGGCCUGGACGCCGCGCUCGGGGUGGGCGUGGCUCAGGACGUCGUCGAGCCCGUGCGGCAGCCGGGCGAGGCCAGCGCCGUCGGGGACGACUCCAACCGCAAGCGGCUGCUGGAGGAGGUGCCCGCCGCGGGGGGCUGCUACGUGGUGUGCCGCACCCAGGCGGCCACGAAGCGGCUCUUCGAGGCUUUCGGCGGCCCUG